AAAAGCAAAUUGACCCACGUUCAUACAGCCCAUUGGGCAGGUGGGUUGUUGAUGAAUGACGAUUGGUCUUGGCUUGCUUUCCUCGAGAGAAACAAGUGGACCCCUGCUUUGGAUUUGGGGACUAUUUGUUCGGAAUGCGGCAUGGUUAACUUCCGGGCCCCGUGUAAUGAUUUUACUGAGAUUGAACUCGAGAUAUAAUCCUGGAGGAUGGCUGAUUUAUCUUUAGAACACAUCAUGUUUGAUGUGGUAAAGAGUGUUGCGGCCGAUGGUGGAGGGCCUAGAGUAGGUCAUCUGGCUAUUCCGAAGCGAGAGUCGAUAGAUACGCCCAAUUUUUUUGGCCUUGCGUCGCGAGGAGUGAUGCCGCAUAUGACUCCAGAUGUCGUCGCCAAACAUACUGAACUGAACGGUUCAUAUAUGGCCCUGGAAGAUUUCGUAGAAAAAUCACAGAAGAGACUUGAACCCGCUGUCUUUAAUAUAGAACCAGACGGCAAAGAGACUCUGCAUGCAUACACUGCCACCCCCGCACCGGUAGCCACGGUGCUUGGUGCACGACGGCAUCCUGCAGUGAUUGCUCCUAUGGGCAACGGGAAGGAUUACGUAUCCAUAUAUACAUCAACCGGCUUCCAGCAGCUUAAAAACAAAGCAUAUUACCGUGCUGUUGACAUAUUGCAGCCGGAUAUCGCUAUUCCUCUAGCAGACCUGACAUUUGGCAAUUCACACAUAAGAACCAAACUUCCGGCCCCCAAACGACAACUUCGAAUGGUGGAGCGCACGGAGGAUUGGUUAGCUGAGUUUAUCAAAUUGCGAAACUCUGAGGGUGAUAGUGAAACAGAAAAGUCUGCUGUAUUUGCCUCGCUGUUACCAGUUUCUUAUCCAACACAAUGGGAGUAUAUCAAUCGCCUGUCGCAGGAUUACGUUCAACAUAUUUCAGGUCUAGCAGUAUAUGAUGCAGACAUUCUCCCGGACCUAGCCGACCAUGAUUCUUUACAUCCACUGCCGCGUCUUUCCAUGGACUUCAUCACAUCACCACACGAGAUUCUCCGACAGGUUCGCUUAGGACUUGAUAUGUUCACCGUACCUUUCCUUAACACUAUUUCGGAUGCUGGCAUUGCUCUUACCUUCUUAUUCCCACCACCGUCUUCCACCUCAGGACCCCACCCGCUAGGGAUGGAUAUGUGGUCUUUCGAUCAUCAGGUAUCAGUAAAACCGUUGGUUGACGGAUGCGAAUGCUACACUUGUACCAAACACCACCGUGCCUACCUCCAACACCUUCUGAAUGCCAAGGAAAUGCUUGGAUGGACUCUUCUCCAAAUCCACAAUUACCAUAUCCUGGAUAAGUUCUUCGAGGGUAUUCGAUCUACAAUCAGCACGGAACCCUCGACCUUCGAGCGCGAUUGCGAACUAUUCUUUGAAACGUACGAGGCCGAACUUCCAAAGGGUACUGGAGAACGACCAAGGGCCCGAGGAUAUCAUUUUAAGACUGAGGGUGGAAAGCCCAAAAUCAAUCGGCCUGCUUGGGAAAAGUACGGCGAAGGCGAGACUGAAGACAAGGCGCUGGCAGGAGAGAUUGCGGGACUCGCGGUGACAGGCGCUACUGCCGAAGGAGUUGAGACGCCGGUCAUUCCCGAUGCCAAUACCGAUGCGAAAGACUUGGAUAAGAAAGGCUUCGCGGAGAUCGAUGAGUGAAUGGUAAUGUUUGCUCAUGGUGGUAAGAAGUCUGUUUAUGGGGAUAAAUACCUUGCGCCGAUUGGGAGAACUAUCGCACCGACUCGGCUGGGCAUGAAUGUCAAUCGUCUGAUAUCAUGAACAGCUGGCUGAUCAAGUUUCGGAAACGGUAACACCCAAUCGCAUCCUCUCCUACGACACGCUGUCAUGCAGGCCCAGUUCAGGAAGAGCAGGACUGAGAUCCGGAUCGACACGCGUGGAACUAAUAACUCAGCUCAUU